AUGGCGGAAGACCCAGGCGCCAGUCCGCCAGUCUCAGACGGCGAACAACGCCACAUCUUCCCAUUCUUCAAACUCGCACGAGAGCUCCGCGACGCCAUCUACGACGAGUGCGUGCAGGAGACGAGAGUCGACGGCCCUGGUUAUCAGCCUGAGAUACGCGCCGAAGGCAUCGUGGUGCCACAUCUCUUGCUGGUCAACCACCAGUUCGCCGCCGAGUACGCCUCCCGCGCCCAAAACUCCGGCGUCGUCACCGUCAGUGACCUUUCGUACUCGCUACCUCGGCCGCUCCAACUCCCUGCGUUCCUGUGCAAGCACCCACUUCGUAUCGAGGUCAACACCUGGUGUCCUUGGCUUGGGCUGAUCGAUGGACAUUGGGACUGGAUCGGCAGCUUUCUGUCUCAAGUCUGUACGCCUCGCGGCUUCUCCGUCCGCGUGAUCACCAGAGGCGGCAUGAACGUGGGAGAGUUGUUGGCAGAGCUCAAUGCGAAGCCUUGGGCAUCUAUCCCAAACUUCACCGGCUUCCAAGUCUACCAAGAUUGGGCCACCGACGGCCCUCUUUCGACGAUGUGGCAGCAGUUGUCUCUGAUGAAGCACGUUGGAGGAUGGUCGAAGAGUUCAGGCAAGAUAGAGGACGUCCAAGGGACCGAGAGCGAGCUCGAAUCCGAUGAGGAUUCCGCAUGA